AUUCUUUUACUUUUUCUUCUAUUAAAAUUCUUUGUUCUUAAGAUCCAAGGGUUUGGGUCUGUGUUCACCUAUGCAAAUUGGUGAGGAUUUUUAUCAAGCCUUCCCCAGGAAAGGGGGUGUAAGGUUUGGGGAGGAUUUUGGGGGGGGAAGACGUUUCCAAGAGGGCUCUUUCCUGGUUAUGUAUCUGUUAGACGCUUUUUGGUGGCAGCAAUAAAGUCCAGGGGCAAAAGGUAAAAUAGUUUGUACCUUGGGGAAGUUUGAACCUAAGCUGGUAAAAAUAAGCUUAGGGGUUUUCAUGCAGGUCCCCACAUCUGUACCGUAGAGUUCAGAGUGGGGAAGGAACCUUGACAUGGUCUGUGGAGGGGAUAUUGCUGGGUCUCCAGUCUAGGGCUUGUCUAGGAGUACAGGGUUUGGGGUUUUUUUUGACGUCUGUGCAACAUGCCCAAACAACUUCAGUCUUCUUUUUCCAAUCAUUAUCUCUUCAGCUUGUUUGUUGGACAGUCCUUCGUAACACAUCAGGGUUGGUUACUUUGUCCCCACGGCGGACACCAGGUAUUCUCAGCCAGCAUCUCUGAUGGAAUGUGUUACGUUUCCUGUCGUGGGCUUCUAGCACUUGCCAAGUUUCAGAAGCAUGUAACAAUGUCAGUAUCACAUGGCAUUGUAUAAUUUUUAUCUUAGUUCUGAUGUGAAUCUCUUUAUUUAUUCAGAUAGUCUCAAAAAACGCCGCUUACCUUCCCAGUUCUUGUUUUGACUUCUUUAUGGAGUUGGCCAUCAGCACUGAUUGUGCUUCCAAGAUGUACAACUUCAUUAACCAUGCCAUAUUCUUCACCAUCAAUCAGAUACGCAACAUUAUUGCUGACUCCUCUUUCAACAAUCAUGACUUUUGUCUUCUUUUGGCUGUUUCUUAAUCUUCUUUGACGGCACUCCAUUUGACAUUGUAGUGGUCUUUUUCAUGGCAUCGUCAUCUGUGUCCAACAGAACAAUGUCAUCUGCAAAGUUGAUCUCUUGAAGUUUUUCUCUACUUCACAUAACUACUGUAUCUUCCUUUGAUGUUGCUUUUUGCAUCACGUAAUCUAUGCAGAAAAGGAAAAGUGGUAAGAUACAACCCUGCCACACUCCAGUGAUGAUCGCAAACCAAUCUGUCUCUCCACUUUCUGUCCUUACACAGCAUUUUGAACCUUCAUACAGCAUCUUGGCCUGUGACACUAUCUUUCUAGGAAGACCAUAUUGUUGCAAGAUCUGCAAUGGAGACCCUAUGGAUGCAGAUGAAAGAUUUGAUGAAAUCUGUGAAGUUCAAGAUUCAUCUUCUCUGGUAAGCAAGCCCUUUCUCAAUCAAUUGUCUCAGGGUAAAGAUGUGAUCUACACAUGAUGGUUUUGUGUUCAUCCAGUACAGUUUUUCAUUGAUGAUUACUUCGGUUCUGUUCAGUAGUACGCUACAGAACACUUCUGUAGUACUGAAAGUAGUGCCAUACUUCUGCUGAGUAGGGACCUAGCUGAUGGUCUCAGCUUUAACAAAACUGUUUUUGGGGAGCGGUGGAGGGUUUGAGGAGACAAGUAGGAAAACAAGAUCCUAAAAGGCUCAGAAACCCAAAAGUGAAUAAAGAGAACCCAAUGUUUUCUCCCUCCAAAUCUCAUGAUUUUAAGCCAUGUUUGUGAUUGGCAACACUGGGUAUCUCUCCUGGAGCAGGUAAGAGUCUAUAAGUAGAGUACCGACAUAGGAAACAGAAAUAAUAGGGAGCUCUUCAAUCUAGCAGGUAAAGGUAUAAAAUCCAAUGGCUGGAAUUUUAAGCUGGACAGGUUUAGACUCGAAAGAAGAAUGAAUUUGUUUGUAGUGUGGGGACUUAACGGCUGCAACAACCUACCAGGGGGUCAGGUGGAUUCUCCUUCACUGGCAAGUUGUAAAUCAAGAUGGGACGUUUUUCUGAAAAAUCUGUGUGAUGCUGGCAGACCAGGUGCCAGCUCAUGCCAAGGUCCCAAGGUCUCAACCGAACACUGACAAAUACAUAGCUGGAAACCAGUCUGGCUCACCUGUGUGUCAGCAGUCUGUUAAGUUUCUAAGAAUGUAUUUAGGGUUCAGAUUUUAUGAAACGCUUGUAGGAUGCUGCAUGCAUUAAUCUCACUUAUACCAUCUGUACCCCAUGUUCUAAGGUGGCAGGAAGUGUUUGUAUUGUAAUCCUCUGUAAUUGUAUAAAUCGUCAAACAGGAAAGAAGCAUUAAUUAAUGUACAAUGCCAGCUUCCUACAGAAGGUGUUAGGGCCUGCCCACCAAGAAGGCUCAUUGAAUGCACCAUUGUGAAACCUCAAAGAACAAAGACUUUGUUAAUUGCAUUCCACCCCACCCAGUGAAGAGAAGACCUGUACAUGAACUCAUCCCAUCAGCCUGAACUCUGGGAGGAAGGGAAUAAAAAUCCCUGACAGGAAGAAACUGUGUCCUUUUGCUGCCUGGUCUCUGAGGGGCCAGGGUCACUAAGCAUAAGCAAAAGAUUCCCCAGUGCGUGGCAAGGGCUAGCCCUAAGGGAUGUAUAGAGCUUGCUCAUUAUAGAAGCUUCUGUCAUCGUUUGGAACCUAAGGCUGUAACUCGUUUGUGUGUGUGUUACCUGCUUUAACCUUGUAAAUAACUUCUCAUUUCUUUUUCUUAGUAAAUCUUUAGAUAAUUUAUUAUAGGAUUUGUUACAAGCGGGUUGUCUUUGGUAUAAGAUUUAGGGUGCAAUUGAUCUGGGGUAAGUGAUCGGUCUUUUGGGCUCGGGAGGAACCUGAAUAUUGUUGUGAUUUUUGGUGUAAGGGACCAUCUAUCACAAAGGCAGGCAUGUGUAGGUGCAAGAUAGAUCAGAGUAUCCAAAGGGACUGUCUGUCGCUCUAUAUUAAGGCUGGUAUAGUGCCAGAGGAGUUUACACUUGAUAACUAGUUGGCAAAAUCUAAAUAUAGAAUUCACAACCAAUUUUUGGUUUGUACCCUGCUUCUUAGCAGUCUGCCCUGAGGUUGGGGCUCACGCUUUUGAGCCUCUCCAGACAGCCUGCCAAUAUGAACUAGGGUUAGGUUCAAACAAGAAUGAAUUCAGGGCAGUCCACUGGCCUGUGUUAUACAGGACUUUUCAGCAGAUGAUCACAGCGGUCCCUUCGGGUCUUAGAAUCUGUGAAUCUGUGAGUCCGAAAGAAGUGGAAUUUGUCUCCUAAUGACUCAUGUUUUUACUAUUGUAUUAUUGUGGUGGCGUCAUUUCCGGUAAGUCAGAGGCCGAAGGUCUCUCUGGCAGAAAUAACCGGCUGAUUCCGCCUGCAAACAACACUCCCUUUCCCCAUGCAGCUCAGCUAUGAGCAGGAGAGGGGGUGCCUUUACAGGAAAUGCAGAGCUGAACCACUAGAGUUUGCCGAGGGACAGAGGAGGGCUCAGCCCUGCCAGGAGCCAUCUGUGCCUCGCAGGGAUGGCGGGCAAGUACCAGAGUGAGGCAGGAGUGCCAAGGGAAAUGGAAGAGGAACAGGCUGAGUUUCCUUCACUUGUCCAGGAGUUACUGAAAUGCUUCUUGGGGAACCAUGUGUAUCCCGAGCAAAAGGAACACCAGAGAAGGAAGCAGGAGUGCCAGCUGGUGCAAGCUCUGGUCAGCAGGAUCAUGGCUUCAGUGCGUAAGUGCAACGUGGAGCUGUUCACGGGGGAAGCCAUCCUGGUGGGCAGCCAAGCCCAGGACCUCCACGUCCAGACAGAGUCCAGCAGCAGCGACUAUGACUUCCUGGUCCCCAUCCAUUACAACAUGAACCUGAUCCUUAUGGGCAGCCUGUACAGCAAGCUGUACACCCCAAAAGGUCUUCUGCCUGUCUGGGACCGCUUGAAGCCCGAGGUGCCGGUGUACCGCUGGGGGAACAAGGUGGUGGUGGAUUAUAACAAGCUGAUAAUGAGAGAUCUCUUGGAGAGGAAGACUGUAGACAUGGACCUCACAGAGGAAGACAUAAAAACAAUAAAUAAGCAGCAGUUACAGAUUUGGAAGAAUGGCAUUGAUCCAUUUCGUGUAAUGAAAACAUUGUGGGACUGUGUCCAGGAAGCUCUGACUAAAGAGAGAAGCCUGGCUACCGGAAUUAGAAACAUUAAACUGGAGAACACUGUGAGUAUUAUACCAGUUCGUCCAGCCGUGCAGCUCAGUGCAGAGGUGAAUGGCCGACCUGUGUCUAUAGACCUGGUGCCCACCAUCCGGAAUAAAGUGGACAUGUCCAUGGAUUGGCCAAGGCAGGAUCUCAGGUGGCUUUCCGACUGGUGGGACCGGGAGCAGGACGCUGAGCAGAGAAAACCCACCUGGAAUAUCAUGGAAAUUUACAAAACUGGGACCGAUCUGGUGGCCAAGAAUUCAUACUGGAGGCUGACCUUCUCCCUGGCUGAGACCCAGCUCCUCAAGGACAUUGACGCCGAUGGUGGGUGCAGGCAGAAGGCGUUGCGGGUGCUGAAGCAAAUCAAUAUGGAGAAGUGGGUACCACGCUACGGUAAAGUCCUGACCUCCUACCACCUGAAGAUGGUUCUUUUUUGGGCUUCCCACCUCAACCCAGAGACAGAGAACUGGGCCAUGGAGCUGGAUGCUCUGGGGACCCUGCUGAAGGUGCUGGAGUUCAGCCUGGAGAAGAAACAGCUGCCCAGCUAUUUCCUGCCUUCAAUGAAUUUCUUCGACUGGCACCGGACUGAGGAAGAGAAUUCCCUGAAAAACCGGGUGCUGGAGGUGCUCAGACUGGAGGUGAGGCUGAUGAGAUGCAGCCCAGAACAGUACCUCCGGCUGAGCUAUGACCUGGCCAAGCCCCAAGGCCCGGGACCCUUCAUCCAACGGGUGCGGGAGCUUGACGAGUUUAGAAGGAAGCAUGAGAAAGACUUUGAAGAGUUCAAAAACCUGAAGAUAUCUUGUGACAGAAGCCUCUUCAGGGAGUUGUGAGCAACCUCUGCUCGCAACGUAGAUAUCUGGGCUUCUGUCUGAACUGACAUACCCCAAUGGAUCUGCAAUUGCUCUGGAUUUACACUGGGGGAACGGAUACUUUACUUCAAAACCUUGAGAUAUGGAACAAUAAAUAGUGUCGGGUUCUUUUCA